AUGGAUCCAGCCUUGCUCAAAGAGAGAGAACUAUUCAAAAAGAAGGCUCUGACAACACCUACGGUAGAAAAGAAAAAAUCUGAGCCAAAAUCUGAAAUCCCCAGAGAUGAUAAGAAAAAAUCUAAAUCUUCAAGUAACAGCAACUCUGCUCCUAAGCUUGACAUCAAUACAUACAAGACAGCUUCAGGUAGUUCCCAAUAUCGUUUUGGUGUGCUAGCAAAAAUUGUGAAACACAUGAGAACAAGACAUCAAGAUGGUGAAACAUACCCACUCACAUUAGAGGAAAUUUUAGAUGAAACAAAUCAACUUGAUGUAGGAAACAAAGUGAAACAGUGGCUGCAAACUGAAGCUCUUUUGAAUAAUCCAAAAAUAGAGGUUACUCCAGAUAAUAAAUUUGUAUUCAAAGCUCUUUAUAGACUAAAGGAUAGAAAGAGUUUACUGAAAUUACUGAAACAACAAGAUCUCAAAGGGUUAGGUGGUGUAUUGUUGGAUGAUGUCCAAGAGUCAUUACCACAUUGUGAAAAGGCCUUAAGGAUAUUACAAAAUCAAAAUGAAAUUAUAUUCAUCACAAGACCCAUGGACAAAAAGAAAGUCCUUUUUUAUAAUGACAGAACUGCUAGUCUACCCAUUGAUGAAGAAUUCCAAAAAUUAUGGAGAUCUGUAGCAGUUGAUGCCAUGGAUGAUGCCAAAAUAGAAGAAUAUUUGGAUAAACAAGGGAUUCGUUCGAUGCAGGAUCAUGGCCCCAAAAAACCUGUGGCACCUAAAAGGAAAAAGGCUGGGAACCGCAAAAAAGUAUUUAAGAAACCAAGAGAUAAUGAUCAUUUAGCUGAUGUAUUAGAAACAUAUGAAAAUGAUACUUUAACACUGAAAAACUCUGUCUGA